AAGAUCAUCAGCCUUGCGAGCGCGGUUUGGCUUACGGAAACGACGUCACGCUGCCUCAAGACUAAGCUACCUCGCUUCCAUUGCUUUCGCUCACGUUGACGCAUUCUGGGCUCCAUUGCAGCCAGCAUUACUGUCGAUGACAUACACUAGGCGAUGUGUAGAAUAUAGAUCCCUUAGCUGCUCCUAUUUCACGAGCGGCUGAUCUUCUCUGUGCAAGCUGUCGUACGUGCCAGCUUCGUUCACGCGUCACUUCGUUCCAAUACUUCGUCUUACAUUAUACCUAUGGCAUCUCUCCUCCGACAAAUCGUAGCUGGUCCCCGUGCACGUCAUCCUGAGGCAGGUCUCGAUCUCUGCUAUGUGACUGAUCGUAUAAUCGCGACGUCUGGUCCAAGCGGGACGUACCCCAAAAGAUACUAUCGUAACCCGCUAGACCAGCUCAUUGCCUUCCUGGACAAGAAGCACGGCAAGAAUUGGGCGAUAUGGGAGUUCCGCGCGGAAGGCACAGGAUACCCAGAUGAGGCCGUGGAAGGGCGAAUAUGGCACUACCCAUGGCCUGAUCAUCACCCACCUCCGUUUGGUUUGCUGCCGGAUUGUAUGGCGAGCAUGCGAGACUGGUUGUUGGGCGAUGAGAAACGGGUGGUAGUGGUACACUGCAAAGCAGGGAAGGGGAGGAGUGGCACGGCGAGUUGCAGUUAUCUGAUCAGCCAAGAAGGUUGGAGCAUGGAGGAUGCGCUUGCGCGGUUCACCGAGAGGAGAAUGAGACCUGGUUUUGGACCCGGCGUGAGCAUACCCAGUCAGCUGCGGUGGUUGCGAUACGUCGACAGGUGGACGAAACACGGCAAGAAGUAUGUUGAGAGGAAAGUGGAGGUAUCUGAACUGCACGUUUGGGGUCUCCGAGAUGGCGUCACGGUCUCCAUACGAGGCUUCAUUGAUGAAGGCAAGGUCAUCAAGGUGUGGCACACAUUUACAAACGACGAGAGGCAGCUGAUGAGCGGCGAGGUCAAAGGGCUAGGACUUGCCGAAGCCGUGCUCGAGCUGAUAGGGAAGGAGAGCAGUCUCAGCAAGAGGGAUGGAAAACCCAAAACAGAAAAGGCCUCGAAUUUGCCCGAAAAUGCGCCAAAGAUCCUGUCCGAGGAAUCCUUGACCAGCAGUCCGGCCCCAAAGGACAGGGUGCCGAUGACAGACGGCAAGAGCGUGGCAAAGCCUGAGGGAGAAAGCACGGGGAGCUCUUCAAAAGAAGGAUCAACGCAGUACUUGGAUGCGCUGGAGGAGCCCAGUAAGUCUGGGGCCGAUGCCAUCUUCCGGCCGAAAAAGCCCGUUGUUCUGGACACGAACGACAUCAACGUCGACUUUGAGCGUCGUACAACGAGUUCGAUAUAUUCGCUCACCACAUCGGUGGCGCACGUCUGGUUCAACGCUUUCUUCGAGGGCAAUGGUCCCGAGCAAGACGGCAACGCGGAUGACAGUGGCGUGUUUGAGAUCGAAUGGGACAAGAUGGACGGCAUCAAAGGGAGCAGCAGAAAAGGGACGCGCGCGUUCGACAAGAUUAGUGUCGUGUGGAGGAAAGUAGAAACGAAGGGGGAAAUCAAAGAGCCAGAGAUCGGCGAGGGAAUCAAGCAAAAAGAGGCCGCAGAUUGGAGGCAGGACCAUCAAGCAGAAGAGAGCAGCGACGAGGAAGACAAGGGAGUGAAACCGCAUACCACGAGAGAAUAGAGCGGCAUGUUGGGGUUGGCUCGUUUUCACUAGGAGAAUUUCAUAUACUCCGUGCUUCUUGGGGCUGGCAUGGCGCUUUUCAGGCUCAUAAUGGACUUGUACUCACCGAAUUGCCCUCUUGGCGGAUCAAUACUUCUGGAAGUAUGCCGCGUAGGGCCAUGAAAACAGACCCAAGGAGUUUCAGUUCCAGGAGGCUAUGAUAUCGAUUGCCGUGCCAUUCUUCAGCAGAAAGCUGCCGUGUCUACAUUCGAUGCGCUACACCUACUGUCAUUUGGGAGCUUUCAAACACAUUGAAUCAGGUAGACGCCCACAGACUGUAUCCCCGCCUUUAAUCCUACAUCUGGCACUAGGAUAGUCGUGAAAUAACGGUAGAUAGAUUCGAGUGGCCCGUUAUGCUAGGAGUGUAGAUCGAAGGCCUGGAGGCGUUGCUAAAGUCGAACCUCUUGUUCCUCUCAGCCUUGAUUCCGCACACACAUACACGCACUACAGCGC